GGAUUUGAUCAGUCUGGGUUUGCAUUAAGGAAGAAGAGAGCAGAGAUUUCCGUUGGGAUCCAUGGUGCAAACAAAUAAGUACGAUGUCUACCUCAGUUUCAGAGGCGAAGACACCCGCAUGAAUUUCGCAAGCCAUCUAGAGGCGGCUCUGAGUAGAAAUGGAGUCGUCGUAUGGAGAGACGAAGAUUGUCUACUUCCUGGGCCAGAACCCAUUAACUCACAAAUCCGCAAGGCAAUCGAAAGUUCAAGAAUUUCAAUUGUCAUUCUUUCAAGAAAUUACGCCAGUUCAAAAUGGUGCUUGGAUGAGCUUCAACAAAUUCUCGAUUGUAGGCAAGUGACUGGCCAGAUAGUUUUUCCUGUCUUCUAUGAUGUGGACCCAUCCGACGUACGACAUCAGACAGGCCGUUUCGGUGAUGCUUUUGCCGAGCACGAACAACGUUUCAAGGACAAUAUCCACAAAGUGCGCGCCUGGAGGGAUGCUCUUCGUCAAUUAGCCGAUCUGUCUGGAUAUGCGCUACUCGAGGAUCGGUAUGAGUCACAAUCAGUCGCACGAAUUGUUGAAUUCAUAUUGAAUACAUUGCAACCUGUGGCACCUGAUGUUGAGCAGCAGAGAUUUCCGUUGGGAUCCAUGGCCACCGCGCAACCAACUGAUCACGAUGUCUACCUCAGUUUCAGAGGCGAAGACACUCGCAUGAUUUUCGUAAGCCAUCUAGAGGCGGCUCUGAGUAGAAACGGAGUCGUCGUAUGGAGAGACGAAGAUUGUCUACGUCCUGGGGCAGAACCCAUUAACUCACAAAUCCGCAAGGCAAUCGAAAGUUCAAGAAUUUCAAUUGUCAUUCUUUCAAGAAAUUACGCCAGUUCAACAUGGUGCUUGGAUGAGCUUCAACAAAUUCUCGAUUGUAGGCAAGUGACUGGCCAGAAAGUUUUACCUGUCUUCUAUGAUGUGGACCCAUCCGAUGUACGACAUCAGACAGGCGGUUUCGGUGAUGCUUUUGCCAAGCACGAACAACGUUUCAAGGACAAUAUCGAAAAAGUGCACGCCUGGAGGGACGCUCUUCGUCAAGUAGCCGAUCUGUCUGGAUUUGUGCUACGCGAGGAUCGGUAUGAGUCACAAUCAGUCGAACGAAUUGUUGUAUUCAUAUUGAAUGCAUUGCAACCCGUGGCAUCUGAAGUUGAGCAGCUAGUGGGAAUUGGAUCAAGAGUAGAGGAACUAUAUAGGCUUUUGGAUAUCGAAUCAAAUGAUGUUCGCUUCAUAGGGAUAUGGGGGAUGGGUGGGAUAGGCAAGACAACUAUCGCCGAUGUGAUUUUUAACAACAUUUCCAUUGAAUUUGAAAUUUUCACCCGUAUUCGUAAUAUUAGGGAGCUAAGUGAAACACAGGGUGAUCUGCAACUGCAAAAGAAACUUCUUUAUGAGGCUUUGAGGCAAGACAUAGAUGUUCGAAAUGUUAACGAGGGAGCCACAAUGAUAAAGAACAUUCUACGUAAGAGAAAGGUUCUUCUCAUUUUAGACGAUGUUGACAACUUACACCAACUGGAAUCAUUGGCUGGAAACAGGGAAUGGUUUGGUUUGGGGAGCAGAGUCAUCGUUACGACUAGAAAUGAGAAAUUGCUAAGAAAGCAUGGUGUAGAUAGCAUAUUUGAAGUUAAGGAAUUAACUGAGGGUGAAUCGCUUCAGCUCUUCAAUAUUUACGCCUUUAAAAGUGUUGAACCCCCAGAAGAUUAUUUGAAUCUGUCUAAACAGUUUGUUAAUUAUUGUAGAGGCAUUCCCCUUGCAAUCAAGGUUUUGGGAUCCUCACUGUUCCACAGAAGUCUUGAAGAGUGGCAUAGCGUAUUGAAAAAACGGGAGCACUUUCCUGAUGAAACAGUUUCUGAAAUACUUGAAAUAAGUUAUCAUGGACUGGCGGACAAUGAGAAAAGAAUGUUUCUAGAUAUUGCUUGUUUCUUUCAAGGAAUGGACAAGGAACGAGUGGUAGAGAUACUAGAUUGUUUUGGAUUUAAUCCCAAGGAGGGGAUGGAAGCUCUCAUUGUGAGAUCUCUCAUAACUAUUUCAAAUAACAAAGUGUUGAUGAAUGGGUUGAUACAAGAAAUGGGACAACAAGUGGUACGCAGAGAAGCUGUUAAUGAUCCUGGAAAGCAAAGCAGGUUGUGGCUUCAUGAGGACGUCAUUCAUGUAUUGAAGAAUAAUAUGGGAACAAAUGCAGUUGAAGGUAUAGCCUUAGACUUGCCUAAAUUGGAAGAGGCAUGUUGGGACUUGGAGGCCUUCUCGAUGAUGCAUAAUCUCAGAUUUCUCCAAAUUCAUAAUCUGCGAACGACCCAAGGCCCAAAAAAACUUUCUAAUGCCUUAAAGUUUCUUGAAUGGAGUGGGUAUCCUUCAAAAUUUCUCCCACAAGAAUUUGAACUUGAGCAACUUUGUGAAGUUAACUUGUGCCAUAGCAGCAUUGAACAACUUUGGAGUAGAACCAAGUUAUUAGGCAAUCUGAAAUUCGUCAACGUUAGCUACUCCCAGAACCUGACCAGGACCCCGGACUUUACAGUUACUCCAAAUCUUCAUAGAUUAAUUCUUGAAGGCUGCAUAAACUUGGUGAUGAUCCACCCAUCCAUAGCUGAGCUCAAAAGGCUUAUUUUUUUAAAUCUUAAGGACUGCAGAAGUCUUGAACACCUUCCCAAACGUUUUGGAACAGAAAGUCUUCAGAUUCUUAUUCUUUCCGGUUGUUCAAAAAUUAGUAAAGUUCCAGAAUUUGUGAGACCUAUGGAAAACUUGUUGGAACUUUAUUUAGAUAAGACUGCUGUAGAAGAAUUACCUUCUUCAAUCGAAUGUCUGACUGGCCUUACUUUAUUAAACCUGAGAGAUUGCAGAAAUCUCAGUUCCCUUGCAAGCAGUACUUGCCAGUUGCGCUCCCUCAAAAGUCUCAAUCUCAGUGGAUGCUCAAAGCUUGAAGAACUGCCAAAAAACUUGGGAAAGAUGGUUUGUUUGAAGGAGCUUGAUGUGGGCGGUACCUCUAUUAAUGAUCUACCAUCCUCCAUUUGCCGUCUGGAAAAUCUUGAAUUGUUAUCCCUUUGUGGUUGCAAAUCGAUGCGAAGAAAGAAGACAAGUCCAAUUAGUUUUCUGUUGCCGACCACUGAUUCUAGUUUGCUUUCUUUAACAGUACUGAAUAUCAGUGACUGUAAUCUUGAGGAGGUAACAAUCCUGGAAAGUCUCGGCUCCUUGUCCUCAAUAGUAUCGCUUAAUCUAAGUAAAAACAGUUUUGUUAGUCUUCCCAAGAGCAUCAUAGAGCUGUCUAAGCUUCAGAUUUUGAAUUUGGGUGGUUGUAAGAGUCUUAAAAAAUUGCCUGACCUUUCAACAGAAUUGAACUUCAGUGUUGAGGGAAAAGGCAGUUAUUCACAGGAAAGGCUGUCAUCAUGUUUCAGUUUUAUUAAUUGCUUUGAAGUGGUUGACGACCAAGGCUGCAACAAUGUAGCAUUUGCAGCAUUAAGGAGAUUCCUUGAGGGAAUCCCUUACGAAGGGAAUAAAUUUGAAGCUAUAUAUCCUGGCAGUGAAAUUUCUGAGUGGUUUAGUUAUCGAAGUGAGAGGCCUGUGGUAAGCAUGGAGCUCCCUCAACGCUGGUAUAAGAACAAGUGGAUGGGAUAUGUAUUGUGUGCUGUUUUCACUCUCCGUCAACGACUCCCACCUAAUCUGCUUGGUAAAUGGAACUACGGAACCCAUAGCACUGCACAUGGUCUUCAUUGCGAAGUGAAGCCUGGGAAUUUGGGUGUAGGUGGCUGGUGUCCUUCCUUCGCCUGCAGCGAAGAGUUAGGGCAAAUUGAGAAAGAGCACCUUUGGCUAUCCUUUGUAUCUGGUGAAUACUUUGGUACAACAUGGCAAGACAGUUGUCAUCACCUUGAGUUUACAUUUAAAACCUUAGGCCCUGGUUUGGAGGUGAAAAGGUGUGGAGUCCGUCUCAUCUACGAGAGAGAUUUGGUUGGAUUAAAGCAACCUUUUUGACCAAACAUCGCUUGUGCGCAAUCAUGAAUUUGACUAUACCUUCAUCUAGAGGAAACAAGCAAAACAAGCAACUCCAGUGAGUACGAUGCAGUCUCAAAGAACAUCUGUUUAUCCAAGGAAGCUGGAAACCGGUUAUGAGAUGAGGUACUUUCUUUACCUGGUAAAUGAACUAUGCAAAUAGGCCGUGUCUUUUUUUAACUCAUGUAUAUUAUCUUAAUCGACGUCAUGCACAAUUUUAUUAUAGUUGUUUCUUUUUUCUGAGUGAAAUGCUUGAAAUGCGUUAUGGUAAUUAACAAUGCAUCCGUGGGAAUCAGAUUCAACUGUAUUUGUAUAAUGAGUGUAAAUUGCAUUGGAAUGAUCUGUCUGUA